CCAGCCUAUAAAGAAGCGCUAAAAACCCUACCUUAAUCUUCAUGUUCGUUGUCUCACGCCACACUCACAGCAGCCGCGCCAUCUACCAGUAGAGCAGUCGCAAUGGGGAUCGAUCUGGUCGCAGGAGGUAAGAGCAAGAAGUCGAAGAGAACUGCACCCAAGUCCGAUGAUAUCUACCUUAAGCUCCUUGUCAAGUUGUACCGAUUUCUUGUAAGAAGGACGGAUAGUAACUUCAAUAAAGUGAUAUUGAAGAGGCUGUUCAUGAGCAAGGUCAACAAGCCCCCACUAUCUCUCUCUAGGCUUAUCCGCUACAUGAAAGGAAAGGAGGAAUUCAUUGCAGUGGUUGUGGGAACAGUGACGGAUGACAUUAGGGUUUAUGAGGUGCCAGCUUUGAAGGUCACUGCUUUGAGGUUUACUGAGACAGCUAGGGCAAGGAUUGAGAAGGCCGGUGGAGAGUGCUUGACUUUUGAUCAACUUGCUCUCAGGGCUCCAUUGGGCCAGAAGACGGUACUUCUCAGAGGUCCAAAGAAUGCUCGUGAAGCAGUGAAGCACUUUGGUCCAGCUCCUGGUGUGCCACACAGCCAUACCAAGCCCUAUGUGCGGUCCAAGGGAAGGAAAUUUGAGCGGGCUAGAGGAAGGAGAAACAGCAAGGGAUUCAGAGUUUAAGUUGAAUUUAGUGUUGGAGGAUUGUUAUUUCUUACUGUGUUGCAAUCAAAAUUUUACUAGACUUGCGUUUAGGUAUCUGUGGGGGGGUUCUUGUUAUUUAAGAUCUAUGCUUAUGGAUGCCUAGAUUGAGAUAUGGUUUUAGUGCUUUAAAUUAUGAAUCAAUGUUUUUUAAGUAA